GUACCAUUCACUCGCCUCGCCGCCUCGUGUUCUCUAACGUUUUUAUUUCACCACCAUGUGGCUGCUUAUCCUCGCAGGUCUUUUAGCGGUUUCCGUCGGCGAAGAGACGAUCUCGAGCGCAGCCCUGAAGGAGGCGAAAACCGCUGUCACUGACAAUACCUCCUCUGCCUCGGACAUUGUCAUGCUGGAAAUCGAUGUCAAGGAACCUGCGAAGAGAUCACCCAUUACAGCUACGGCUGAUUACGGGCACCCAUCGGCCAACCAAUACAUUCUUCAACCCAUCGACGGUGCCCAAGAGUUACCCCCGGAGUACCUGUCUGUGAUACAACAGUACGCUCAGCCCCAACAACAACCGCAACACCAGCAACCAAGAAGAGAGCAGCCACAGUACUCGAAACAACAGCAGGAGUUGCAGCAAGCCUAUUACAACUACCGGAAACCGGCCGUAGUCCCUCCGAGGCCUCGGCCUCAGCUUCAUCCGCAGGCUUUAGCCGAUGCCGAGGUCACGGCGGAAAUUCGGGCCCAGAUCGAUGCCCAGAACCGCGCCGAGGCGAUUCGCAAUGCUCGCCUGGGUUCCAAAUCGGCUUACGAGCAACAGGCUGCCUCUUACGCGCAGCCCAAGUUGGGUACAUUCGAGCAGGAGCUGCUGCAGCUGGUGUCGGCUAAUCAGGCCCAGGAGUUUAAACUGCUACCCACACAGCCGAGGGCAAGCUCAUCGGCUUACUCUCAGCAAUUAGUUCCCGUCAGCAGUUACCAGCCCCAGUACGCGAAACAAGCCGCAGAACCCCGUUUACCCGAGCAGUAUCACAUUGAAACCUCACCGCCUCGUUAUCAACAACCACAACCGCAAUCCCAACAACAGAUCGUGUCUUAUCAAUCGGUGGAGGAACAGCCGGUUCGUUAUCAGACGAUCCAACCCGAGGCAGUGAAAGCCGCCGCACCCCAAUACGAUUACAUCGACGAGGACGCUCAAUAUAAAGCUGCCCUAGAGCAGGCACAAGCCAGGGCUCAGGCGAAUGCCGAGCAGGAGGCAUUAGCAUUCCAGAAGAUCGCGCAGGCCGCGUACAAGAAACAGCAGCAAGACGUGUUAGAACACUUGAGGCAGACGAACGAACGUCAUAGGCAACAGGAGCAACUGCAGCAGCAGCAGCAACAACUGCAACAGCAGCAACAACAACUGCAGCACCAACAGCAGUACCUGCAGCACCAGCAACAACUGCAGCAACCGCAGCAGCCAUCGGCGUUGGAACAGAUCCAGCAUGGAGCUCAGGUGAGCGACGCUGGCCGCGUUCAUCUCCAGGAACAGUUGAACCCGAAGAACGCUGAAGCUGCUUACAGAGCGAAAGUGAAGGCUCAAAUAGCCGCUGAGGCUGCCGAGGCGAGGAAAGUACAGCAGGCAGCAGAAUUUAAGGCUCAUGCCGAUGCUAUUAAGAAAUUAGAAGCCCAGCAACGGGCUCACAUCAAGGUACAGGAGGAGGUUUCCAAUUACGCUUUGAACUUUGAGAAAAACCAGGCGCGAGCGCAAGCUGCGGCCCAGGCACAGGCCGAGGCUUUGUACAAGGCUCAACAACAAGCUCGCAAUCAGGUGAAUAAGGAGAUUCUAGCAAUCACCAAGGGUCAGGUAGAGGGAAAGAAGGUCGACCCGGAUUCGCCAGUCUACCAUUAUACCCUCUCGACUACCACUCCUCUCCCUCUACUAAACAGCUACUUCACCAGCGAGCAGCUGCAGAAGUAUCAAGCCUCCGGUUCCUCCUACGUACCUCGAUCUGUCCCGAAGCCGGACGAAGAGCAGCAGAGUGCUCGACAAGCUCAACAAACUCAACAAGCGCAAUCAGCGAUCGUUGAAUCACGUCCCCAAAAUCACAAAUUGAAAAUCCCACCCCAGUCUCUCUAUUUAUCCGGUUCCGGUUUGCUAAAGAAAUCGCCAGUAAAAUCGCUAACCAUCGAGGAAAUAAACGUCCAACCGGAGAAUCCUCUGCUAGAAAAAGGACGCGUCCUGACCGAAGAAGAUCUGUCCGCUUUGAUUAACGCAGGUUACACCGUCACCCCCGUCUCCCCGUCACCCAGACCUCCACCGCAAACGUCUUACGUUGACGAGAGCGCUUAUUAUUACGCGAAAAAGCAGAAGCCUGUCUCCAGACCGGAAUAUAUCGCCUACGAGGAAGUUAUCCAACGUCCUCGUAAACUCGUUGGGAAGAGACCAAUUUUGAAGAACGAGGAAAGAAACGGCGAUGCUAGUGAGAAGGUCACCUUCCUAGUGCCUCUGGAACCGGCCUUUGGUACCAGGCGGCCAGCGCUCAAACGCGAGGAAUAAGGAAAUGGCUGAAAUUAUUCAAAUUCGUGACCGUAAAAAUUUUGAUGAGUUUCACAGAAUCCGAAUUUCUUCAUAAAUCAGUGAAACUCCUCAAAAUUUUUCAUUUGACCCAAUAGGUUGGCGCCGUAUGAAAUGUUCUCUAUCGAAAUCAAACUCGUCUAAUUAUUCACCAGAUCAGUAAUGCUGCUAAAUUUUAGUAGUAAAUACUGUUAUUUGUAAAUUGAAACGAAGACGAUUUGCAGAAGUCAUCAGAUAAUUUUUAGUCGAGUUUGGUAGAAGGAAAGGCGAGUAUAAUGGCGAGUACGGGAGAUAGUGAAAUUAAAUCAUAGGAAAUGUGUAAUCAUAAGCGACUUAAUCAUAUUCAUCUAUAAUCGAUUAAUUUAUAGAAGAAAUUUUUAUAUUGACGAGAAGUUGUUCAUCAGUCUGCUCACAGUUCACUCUUAAUCAGUCCGAUUAUUCGCACACAUUUCAGUAUUCAGUUUAACUAUCCGCAUACGUCUCAACAAUAUUACUUUAUCUUCAACGUAUUAAGUUAAUAUCCUUUUUUAAUUGUGACUUAAUGAAUUAGAAGAA